AUGGAUACUGGUUACACCAUGUGCUUCGGCUCCGGGUUUGGCUUCAGCUUCAGCCGCAGCUUCGGCUCCUCCGGCUUUGACAGCCGCGGCCACCCUGACAGCACCCACCAACCUGGCAGAGCCAGUGGCGAGCCGUUGAGCGCUGUCCUGUUAUCCGCGAGAGCGAGGAGGAGCAGGGCCCGGCGGCAGGACGACCCGCCCGUCUUGCACCCACUCCAGGAACUCAAGGGACCCCUUCGACACCGUUACAACCCGCCAUUUGGCCGACAUGAAAGCCCCCCAUCCCGGCCACCCAUAGGGCCCUCCUGGCACCCACAUAUGGGCCCCGGGGUCACCGGCGAGGCGCCUAAUGGUGCGGGCCCGGGCCCGGCCCCGGCUGCGGCCGCCACCGCAGCUGUUGGGCACUCUCGUUGCUGGUUGCGGGUGCUGCUGGCGGGCGUCGCGAUCAGGUGGCGGCGGCGGCGGGGGCGGGGAGGGGGCCGGUGGCCUCUGGACUCCACGAUUUACAUCCGUAAGGCCAUCUGCUGCCAGCGGUGGCGAUGCUUUCUGCGGCCCGCAGACUUCUGCUUCAGCUUCUUGUGCUGGGAGUGGUGCCCCUGCGGCUGCUGCGCAUGCUGCGACCUGCGGCGCUCCGUGUGCUGUGCUGCCACCUGGCAGUUCCUGGUGGGUGUGAGGGUGGGCGGGGUGCUGGGCUCCGGGUACGCGGCGGUCACAGCGCUGUCCUUCGGCUUCGCCCCACACGUCGUGAAUCCGGACACGCAGUUCUUCGCCCUGAUGAUCCACUUGUUGGUGUUCUGGUGGUUGUACUUCCUGUGCGGCAUCGUGGGCUGCUGCACCUCCCUGGACCGCCAGGGAAUACUCACGUACGACCCCAGGCAAGUCGACAGCAACAGCAACAACAAUAACAUGGCCUCGGGGAAGCUAGGUGUUUUUCCUGGGCCGCGUGUACCUGGGUCUCAACCUGCUCUGUGCCAUGUGCCACAUCACGCUGGCGGCGCUCAACAGGGCCGUGUGGAGGAAUCCGCUCAGCAGACGGGCACCAUACCGCCUUGCGGUUUUUGGGAGGUUGGCGGGCGGCUUCGUGUCCCUGCCCUGCCCGUUCCCAUCCCGCGCCUUACAUCUCCAUUACCACCGUCCUCGUCCUCGUCCUCCUCCUUCUGCUCACCCGCUGGCGGUGGUGAUGGUGAUGGUGGUGUUGGUGUUGGUGGUGUUGGCGGUGCAGUCAACAUCUUUCUGAGCUUCCUGCCGCUGCUGUGGGACUGGUACAUCAUCUACCUGGCCUGGUCGCUCAUCCGCAAACUGCAGGAGCAACGCAAGGGCAUCUUCCGUGGACGACCCGCUAUGGACAAGCAGCGCAAGCCCAGUCAGCUGUUGGAGCUCCAUAUAGGCCACAACCUGGCGCUGUCGCCGCCGCCAGAUCAGGUGAUUGUGAUGCUGGCUGCGACAGCCGGCGGCGGCGCGGCGCAGAGUACGGCAGCGUUUGACGCAAAUGGGCCCGGCCACGUCACUGACACCUGCAGCGUCCAGCAGGCAGGCGGCGUCGACGGGCUGCCCGCGGGGGUGAUGACAACCCCGCAGCAGUACGGCAUGGAGCGUACCUCGCCCCCCGCCUCCGCCUCCGCUGGCGGAGACGGCGGCGGUGGUGGCGGCGGAGGCGGAUGGGGCUCUCCUUGGUCUGAGCACAGCAAUGUGAGCUCGGCGGUGUGGAAUGUCGCCGACAGCAGCUUCAGCGGCGCGUGCAGUGUCGGCGGCGUCGGCGGCGUACGGCACAGCUCCCGGCGGCGGCGCAGGCAAGUAAUCGACUCCGACGGCGCCGACGGUGGCGAUGACGCCGACGGUGAUGGUGACGUGAAUCGGCCGUACCACGGCUGGGAUAGGCACCAGCAGCAGGUGCAAGGUGAUGGAGAAGAGCAGCAACAGCAGCGGGGCCCGCCGCCGCCGCCGCCGCCGCUGUUGCUGGCUAUGCCGCCAGCCAUGGCGACGGCGGUGGCGACAGAGGAAGAUGCGCAUGCGCACAUGUACACACGACACACCCUGCCUUGCCAGGACGGACAACAGCCGCAACAGCCGCAACAGCCGCCGUCACCGUCACAGUCACCGUCACCGUCACCGUCACCAUCGCUGCAGCAGCAACAGCAACAACCAUACGGCGCGGCACGGCAAUCCCCUACCCAGGCAUCGCCGCCGCCGCCAGCGACCCACCGGUCUCGAUCUUCCCAUUCUCGUCGGCGGAUUUGGCCCCAGGACGACAACGGCGACAGCUCCCAGGGCGGUGUCGGCGACCCCCCUCCGAGUCCGGGUCCCCCCCCAGCCGGCGGCUCGGUGGCCUCCCCUAGUGGACACAACGGGCCGAUAGAACGCAGCAUCUCCAGCCUCCGGUCCCGUAGGGCCGCCUCCGCGUCCACUCCGGCCGCUUCCACCACGGCAACGAGAGUCCGUGUGGGGAGUGCCCCCACGCCCGCCGCUGCCGCUGCAGGCGCCGUUGCAGGCGCCUCCGGUGCGGCUAUGGAGCCAUCCGCGGCGACCUCGUCAGCUGCCGAUGUUGCCGCCGUGUUCGAGAUACGGCGGCGGUCCACACGGCCCCGCGGCGCUCCCCCGGACGGCGUCAUGACACACGGCGCCGCUGCGGGUACGACAGCGGCGGCUGCGCUGGAGAAUGAGGGGGAGGCGGCAGCGGCGCCGUGGUCACGGUGGCGGGGGGUGUUGGGGGCAGGUGUCCUGAGGUUCCCCGGCGGCAGCAGGCCGCCCAGGAAGACAUCGGGCAGCGAAGCCUCUUAUGCUUCUGCCCAGCCUCGCAACCCGCCGCUGCCGACGCUGGAGCCCGUCAUGCUGUCAGUGCCGGCGACAGCGACGGCGCUAUUCGUACAGCAGCUUUACUCGCUCGUGGUUCGUCUAAUCCCCCCUCCCCCCUCAGACCCCGCUGAGCUGUCCCUCCAGCGCACCCAGGACCACCUAAGCCGAGGGUCCACACCCGCACGGGAGCACCAAGCACACGCCCAGGCCGCCACAGCCCCCGACCCGGCCCGCUCCCGGACACCAACUACGGCCGCCGCCGCCCAGCACCCGCCCGCCGCCGCCACUCGGGCUGUUCCACUGGACCUCGCCGUGGGGGUGCCGGACCCCUAUGUGGGCCUGGGCCAUGAGGAGGACACAAUGUCACACGCGCCGCCGCUGUCGCCGGUGCCGGGAACCGCACCUCGCCGGCGUGCAGCCUAUGCGGCACCAGCGCCCUGGUCGCUCGGAUCCCCGUCAGCGGACCCGCGAGCGACCCCUUGGGGGAGUCCACGUCUCGCCACCAGGUCGACCAGCUUAUCAGCUGCGGCUGCGGCUGCGGCUGCAGGCACCAGGGCGGCGGCGGCGGAGGUGCAAGUGACGGAGGAGGUGGCGCUGGGAGCAACGGCGCUGACGGUGGCCGUGGUAACGGGGGGAGAGGAGCCCCUGGCGGGGAUGUUUGGGGAGUCCCGAGGUCCAGCUUUGCCGUACACGCGACCAGCAGCAGCAGCAGCAGCACUGGCGCACUCCAACAAGCACUGGGAAGAGAACGAUACCGGGGUCGGUCCCUCUACCGCCAGCGGGUCCCCGCCGGUAGUGGGUUUGGAUCAGGCCGGGAUACGUUCCCCCGAGUCCGCUGGGGGCGGCGCUGUAGCUCUGAGCAGCAGUGAUGAUGAGGAGCGGCGGCAGACCGCCGCUGCCGCUGCCGCAGAGGUCAAAACGACCCGUGGGUCAUCAGAGCUGCUGCCGCCAAGGAACAGGCCACGUAUGGGUUCCCCGGCGUCGCUGCUUUUACCGUCGGGGCUGACAGCAAUGGCAGUGGCGGCGCGAGAUGGUGCAAGGAUCAUGUACGACGCAUAUGUACCGUACGUUGGCCGUGCAAUCCACAGGAGUUCGGUCGGGGCCAUCCUUUGGGGGUCGGGUAAAGCGGGCACGACGGCCGAGAUGGGCAGGGACACGGCAGCGCCGAAGGCGGCAGUUGCUGUGGAUAUACAAGUGGCACAGGAGGCGCAGGAGGCGAAGCAGUGGAUCCACUGAUGACCUCUCCCCCCCGCCCUCCGAAGCCGACACUGGUGCGGGUGGAGAAGGACCCGACGAAAUGCUAACACUGGAGCUCCCACGCGCUUCGGCGGCAGUAACGCCACUCGGUGCCAGCUCAUCAUCAGAGUCGGCAAAAAACGGAUUAAAAGCUUCUACCCGAUUCUGCACCUCAGCUUCAGAGGCAUCGUCCCAUAGCGAUGUAAGCACAGAUUCUUCACCAAAAACUUAACAUCCCUACUCACUAUUACUCUAUCAAGUUCUGGGACAAGGGCGCGGUAGGCCCUAGAACCGGCCUCGUAUCCUACAAAAGUACCGCGCGACGCAACUUUAUCAAGCUUAUUCCUAUUUUGCUUAGGGAUGUGAACGUAUGCAACGCAACCAAUAACACGCAAAUCGGAGAGGUCAGGCAUAGAGCCGAAGAACAGUUCGUAAGGGGUUUUAGGCAAAUCAUUGACAGGAGACCUGUUUCGCAGGUAAUUGGCGGUAACAACAGCAUUGCCCCAAAAAGAUUUAGGCAAAUCGGCUUGAAACAGCAUCGCGCGCA